CGUGAAGGCGCGCCCGUUGUCGCUGCGUCAUUGCUGCAACUCUCACCAAAACAAUUGUCGUGUCUGGCACUGCCCUUUCCAGUGGUCCCUCCAAUGUCCAACUCUACAAACCGGCGCUCCCUCCUCCACUUCGCCUCUUCCCAGCGACCCGCGCGAUAAAUUCACCCGGCACAGGGCUCUUGAAUACAACCACCACUACGAGAAGAGCCAUCUGUUCAGGCAUACUGACUCAACACACGAACGAGCGUCGUCGCGCCCCCAUGGCCCCUCCGAAUAACCCCAGCGGCGUCCUGCCCGUCACACUUCUCCAGAAGAACGCCCCAGCCCAGUCGCCUCGCGGGCCCAGAGCAGCCCAGCCCCGCCUGAAGCUGAUAUGCCGGCGACUUCCCCCUGGUCUUACCAAGGCCGAGUUCACAGAGGCACUAGGCGACGAAUGGAAGCUUGGUGCUGGCAAGAUCGAUUGGAUGAAUUACAGAAAGGGCAAGAUUUCCACUGAUGCCGCCAAACCCUCCAAGCCAGCGCGCGCAUACAUCCACGUUACCAAGCAGGACCAUGUCAAGGCUCUCGGCGACCACGUGCGCGCAGUCACUUUCCACGAUGCCACCAAGUCAUGGCAAGACCCCGCCCUCGUCGGCCCGCCUACGCUCGAAUACGCUCCGUACCCAAAGAUGCCUGGUGGCCGCCGUAGGAACGACAACCGCCAGGGCACCAUCGAUCAGGAUCAAGAAUUCAAGGACUUCCUGGAGAGCCUCACCAACCCCAUCACCAAGCCCCCGGCCGCCGAGAAUGAAGGUCAGAAGGAGAAGGUCAAGACUACUCCUCUGAUUGAAGCGCUCAGGGAGAAGAAGGCUAACAGGGAGAAGCCAAGCGCAAAGGCAAAUAGAGGUCGUGGAGAGGCCAAGGAUGAUGGUGAGAAGAAGAUACUUGCCAAGCCCGGCAAAGAGAACACCCUCAACUCGGGAGAUAAGAAUCGCCGCAUAAGCAAGGCUGACAAGGCUCAAGCUAGCAAGGAGGCUGUCAAGAUUCUUAACAAGGAAGCGUCAUCCUCCAAGUCAUCUGCCUCAGCCUCAGCGGACAAGUCUUCUGCCAGUCCAGCACCGGAGCGCAAGCGUGGUAACGUCGCACUCGCAAAGUCGAUGCUGCAGCGUGACCUCGGUGUAGGACCCGCCCCCACUCGUCGUCGUGGAACGAAGCGCGAGGUUGGCACACCCGCGCCAGAGUCUAACGCACAAGCAAAGGAAGCCAAAGCAGUUGAGGGAAAGGCCAAAGAAGCGCCUGUUUCACAGCCAGCAGCAGCAACUCCGGACAAGAAUGCGCAGGCAAAUAGGAAGGAACGCCCAACUCGUGCAGAACGGCGCGCGUUCAAGGCCAACCAGGGCGACAAGCCCGAUGACAAGGCCACCGCCAGCGAUAUAAAGCCCCAGACGCCACUGAAAACCCCUGCGCCCCAAAUCUUGAAGAAGCCCCAGGCUCAGACUCCGACGGCUCCCAAAGGUCCAGCUGCUUCACGAGCUCCACCUACCGAGCCCGCCGCUGCCAGAAACAGUCCUGCUCCCGCACAGUCGCACUCCACUCUUGCAAAGGCCGAUGUGGGACCUGCCCAGGCGCAUAACAAUGUCCCCAAAGCAGCACCGGCUCAACCCGUGCCCGCACCCACGAGCAAGCAAGCGUUUCUCAAGCAUGCCAAUCCCAGCCAGGGCAUCACCGAGCCCCUCAUUGAAGAAGUCAUGAAGACUUUUGGAGGUAUUGACAAAGUCGAGAUCGACAAGCGUAAGGGCUUCGCCUAUGUCGACUUUACCGAACCAGAUGGUCUCAGAAAAGCCAUGGCUGCCAGCCCAAUCAAGAUCGCCCAAGGCGCUGUUCAGGUUCUUGAACGAAAGGAGAAGGUCGCCAGAGCUCCUCGCUUUAACGGCCCACCGACCGGGCCUGCCCGUGGCGGAGCGCGUGGCAACUUCACACCUCGUGGGGGACGUGGAGGUCGUGGAGGUGCGAGAGGCGGCGCACAUGUUGGCCCCGUUCCAGCUGCGGGCGCUGGCGAUGCUGCCUCGCCUGCGCCAGCUGCCGUUACUCCGGCUCCAGCACCUGUCGCCAAUACCAACGCCGCUACGUGAACGAAACCUGCAUAUUUUCGUGUCAGAGACGAGCCAUAAGCAUUUCGGCGACAUUCUAUCGUACACGGCCGCCUUUUACAUCGCAGUCCAUACCACCUAGAUUGAGAUGCCAUGUCUCUUUGCUAGGUCUUAAUCUUGCAUAGCCUUCCAAUCAUCGAUAUCGGAGACCACAGCAUGUCGGAUACGCGUACAAGAAGACAUACUUAUGCUGUCGCAGAUCAAUUGACGAGGACGCGU